UUUGGGACUCUGGGUACCCAUGGAAAAAAGAAUUUUUUUAGACUACUUAGAAUAGAUAAAAUUCCGAUUCUUAUGGAUGAUUACAAACUAGAAGGAUGUCCAAAUCUAGGAUAUUUUUUGCAGGAUCCCAAUUAACUCCUGAGCUAAGAUAUUUUUAGUCAAAAAUCGUGAAUUUUCGAUUUUCUGCUUCCUUGCACAUAUUGUGACUUUUUUGAUAUUUCUAGACCCGAAUAAGGAAAAACCUCUCGGGGCCAAUGAGUAUGAUAACUAACAAUUACAGAUUGCAUAAAUUCGAAAAACAAUUCUUUCUUAAAUUUUCAAAAAACUUGUUCAAACUUGAUGGGUAUUCUCGUCCCCAAGGAUUUUGAGGUAAAAAUGUAAGGUUAUCCCGCCAAUUGUUUUUUGACACGAACCCUAUAAAAACAUUUCAACAUGGUGAGUUGGUGUGACAACUUGAGGUUAUGAUGUCUUCUAAUUCGAUCUGAAGGUCUUCCAAAAAUAUUUGACUGAAUUGCGUGCUUUGAUUUUCCAUCAAUUUGCCCCAAGAACAAGUACAGAAAAGAUUUUAGAUGACAGCUUCAAUGAAAGAUUUUCAUGGUGAAGAAACCUUUAUAGUCUUUGUGGACAACAGCGAUGAUGAGGAGUGUUUUGGAGCAUUUCAGGAUAGAGAGCUCAUCGAAGUAGAUGUCGGAGAUGAUGAAGAAAUAUCCCAGGAAAAGUUGAACCCAGAUCUAGGCGAAACCAUCCCCACUGUCGCGAAAAAGUCAAAAAUCUGCAUACUUUUUCCGGACAAUAGCGAUGAUGAGGAGUGUUUUGCAGGAUUUGAUGAGAACGUGUUGAUGGCAGAAGGCGUUAAUGUGGCGGAAGCCGAAAGGGUAUCUCAGGAAAACUUGAUUACUUACAAAAUACUUAACAUUUUGCUUGCAAAAAACAUAUUUGCAUGCGGCACCGUACAAAAAAAUCGCAAAAAUUUGCCAGAACUGAAUCCAGAUAAGAAGAUGAAGAGAGGACACAUUGAUUGGCAGUGUUCAGGACGCAUUGUAUGUGUAAAGUGGAUGGACAAUCGCUCGGUCAUGCUCCUCUCAAAUUAUAUGUCGCCAACAGAAAUGGUGAAGGUGCAGAGACGGCAGUCUGGGACAUCACAGAAGCUGGAGCUAAAUUGUCUGAAAAUUGUCCACACUUACAAUCAACACAUGAAUGGGGUGGAUAUCAUGGACCAGAAAAAGUCAUAUUAUGAGCAAGAUAGAAAGUGCGCGGCAAAAUUCUACCUAAAAUUAUUCUUUGAUAUUCUGGACAUUGGUAUAAACAACGCGUGCAUCGUUUACAACGAAAUGUCACAGGACAAAAACAUUGGAAGAUCACUCACACUGCUGCAGUUCAGACAGGAAGUGGCUAGGUGUCUCAUUGCACUGUCCAGUUUGGAUAAAAAUAAGAAGCCGGUGCCACCUGUGUUAUACGAAAAAUAA